UACGUGCGCGUCUCCCCCUCACACAUCGUCUCACCGUCCCAUGAAUCCAUCCAUCCUAUUGCUCUCGCCCCUCGCCCUCGCCUACACCGAGGCGGCAUGGCUCCUCUACACGCUGUACAGUUACUUGCGUGCGUCUCAUCCACCACUCCAUCCAUCGCUGCAGCAGCAUAAGUAUCCAUACACGCGCGCGGCCGCGUACCAGCCAUUCACUCGCUCACUCCGUUGAUCGAUCAUGAACCAGUGCGUGCCGAGCUGGGAUCUGGACGACCCGGUGGGUGGCGGCGGGAUUGGCGGCGGCGGCGGCGGCGGGCACCGCGUCGUGUCGGGAGGCGGGGGAGGGUUCAUGCCAGUGGCGGUGCCGACGUCGGACCAGUACAACGAGGUGGCGGAGCUGACGUGGGAGAAGGGCAACAUCUCCUCGCAUGGCCUGCUGCUCAACCGCCCCGCGCCGCCCAAGUUCCCGCCGCAUCAGCAGCUGCAGGCUGCCAUGGGAGGGGGAGGAGGUGGCGGCGUGGUCGGGGACCGCGAGACGCUGGAGGCGGUGGUGGGCGAGGCGGCCGCGCGGUCGUCGUCGUCGUCGCACCUCGCGGCGCGCGCGCGUCCCGUGCCCGCGCCAUGGCUCGGCAGCGUCGGGGUGGUGGCGGCGGCCGACGCGCUGGUGCCGUGCGACGCCGACGCGGCGGAGGGGCGGAGCAAGCGGCCGCGGGAGGUGGUCGGCGAGGACGGGCGGCGCGCGUGCGCCAGCCAGGGGAGCGCCGCGCCGGGGCGCCGCGGCGAGAGCACGCUGCUCACGCUCGACGCCUGCUGCGGCACCGCGGCCGACGACGUGUGCGGGUUCACGACGACGACCAACAACUCCACCUCGCUGGAGGACAGGACGGAGGACAAGGGCUCGCCGGAGACGGAGAACACCAGCAUCGCCGGCGGCGCCAGCGACUCGCGUUGCUUCAGCCGUCGCUCGCAAUCGCAGAGAGGUGGCAUGUGCGACGAGGAUGAGCACGUCGUGAUCAGAGGGGAAGGGGCGAUGAGAUCGUCUAUUUCUACCAAGAGGAGCCGAGCCGCUGCCAUCCAUAACGAAUCUGAGCGUAAACGACGGGACAGGAUCAACCAAAAGAUGAAAACAUUGCAGAAGCUCGUUCCCAAUUCAAGCAAGACUGACAAGGCGUCGAUGCUUGACGAGGUGAUCGACUACCUGAAGCAGCUGCAGGCGCAGGUGCAGGUGAUGAGCCGGAUGGGCAGCAUGAUGAUGCCCAUGGGCAUGGCCAUGCCACAGCUGCAGAUGUCCGUCAUGGCCCAGAUGGCCCAGAUGGCUCAGAUCGGCCUCAGCAUGAUGAACAUGGGCCAGGCCGGCGGAUACGCGCCCAUGCAUAUGCACACGCCCCCUUUCCUCCCCGUCUCCUGGGACGCCGCCGCAUCCUCCUCCUCCGCCGCCGCCGCCGACCGACCGCCGCAGCCCACCGGCGCCGCCACCUCCGACGCCUUCUCCGCCUUCCUCGCCUCCCAAGCGGCGCAGCAAAACGCACAGCAACCGAACGGCAUGGAGGCGUACAACCGGAUGAUGGCAAUGUACCAGAAGCUAAACCACCAGCAGCAGCAGCAGCAGGACCAGCCAAGCAACUCCAGACAAUGAUCGUGACAUGGAGUAGGAGGAGGAGUAGAUAAAGAUGCCGGCGUCGGAGAUGAGAUCUGGAUCGAUGAGCCGCAAUAACUCGGAAGCACACGCAUCAGCAAAGAUGGGAUGGUUUGGCUGCAAGCUAUUGUAACGCUGCAUAGAUGGACCGACCCUGUUCUGUUUGACCGGACUCUGAAUCGAGCCCCAAACAUUUCUUGGUUUCAAGAAGAAAAAAAAAAGGGUUUAGCACAGUACUAGUAGUACUACUCCAAAAGUCAAGUAGUAGCAGUAGCAGCACUAUGCUGAUAGGAUAAAAAAGAACGGAAAAUGCCACUCCUUGUCAGGAGCUUUAUAGAACGGCGCAAUGCUGGGAGGCUGGAUAAUCUUGGCCGCGUGCUUUACCACUUUACCGGCAACCAAAUCAUGUCAGUAACUAACCAACGGAAUCACAGAAAAGCAAAGGUACGAGUAGUGUACAACCGUAUGUUUCAUGUUUGUAAUUUUACCGCGCGCGGGAACUGGAUACCGCGAAAAGCGCGCGAAAUGGAACCAUUUGGGAUA